AUGAGGUCGCACGGACUUGCAUUCAUUCCUGUGCGUCCUUUUUUAUUAUGGACCCUCGUCUUUUUAUCUUUAUUAUUCAUUUUCACGUAUGCAAAAGCAAAACUUGACUCUCAAGAACUUGUCCAUUUUACUCCUCCUCACUUCUCAAGACUAGUGAGUAUUGUCGAUGCUCUUCCUCCAAAACUUGACCUUAGUCCAAUCAAUUUGGUCCUCAUUUCUACACUGGAUGGCAACCUGCACGGUGUCGACCGGUAUACUGGCCAUGUGUUAUGGAGUCUAGAAGGUGCUGCCGAUGGCUCUUUAAUUAAAACAUCUACGCGUCCUUCUACUAAACAAUAUAAUGUAUCUGACAACUGUGACAACGAUAAGUUUGAUUAUGAUCUAUUUCCCUACAAUGAUAAUGGUCAACCGAUCGACGAUUCUCAACUAUCCAAGUUAAAUGAUGAUCCCGAUCUAGAAAUUACCUAUAUCGUUGAACCAAAUAAUGAUGGUAUUUUAUAUAUGUUCUCUCCAGAGACCGGUCUUCAGAAAUUUCCUCAAACAGUUAAACAAUUGGUUAUGAAUUCUCCAUUUCGGUCUGUUGAUGGUAAAGUAUUCAUCGUCGGCAGUAAAUCUACAAAAUUCUUUGCCAUCGAUCCUGCUACCGGCAAAGUUCUCCAAUCGUUCAACAGCGAUGAUGAAUUAAAUGAAUGUCCAUCUACUGGUUCACUUCCUCGAGAUGCUUUGUAUAUGGGCAUGAAUGCGUAUAAAAUUUCAAUCUUUAAUGAGCGCGGUAAACCAAAAUGGAACCUUACCUAUACCGAAUAUGUCCCCCAUAGUUUUGACGCCAGCAUUGAAAUGAUACAUAAUACUUCUCCUGAUGGUUCUUACAUUUCUUCUACUCAUAAUGGUGAAGUUCUUUCAACUGACUCUACAAAUGGCGAACAUAAUUGGUAUCAGCAAUUUUCUUCUCCAGCUGUCGGAUUUUUUGAUGUAUUGGCAUCAAAAGAAUUGUCAAGCGGUCUUCAUAUCGUGAGACAACCAAGACCUUCUAUUGCUUAUUAUGAUCGUCGAGUGAAGCAAGAAUCUUCACAAUUAUCUGCGUACAUUGGAAAUAUUAACGGUACAUUGUUUGUUAUGUCGGUUGAAAACUAUCCGUUAAUCCAAUAUAUACGGCCUGAUAGUAUUCCACCCGGACAAAAUGAGGUUCCCGAGCAUAAAGAACGUUGCCAUCCUGGUUCAUCAAUAUAUCCAAAGUGUUUGGUUGGAAAUCAUGUGAUCAUCCCUUCUGAGGUACCUUUAAUUGAUCCUCCUCCAAAAGGCAACAAUACCAUUCCCGUGAAUUCUUCCAAACCACAGAUCACAGCGCAAGUCGGUAUAUCCUGGGCUAUUAUUAUCAUGGUCAUUUUUGUGAUCUUUUUUUGGAAUGGAAGACGAGGAACUGGUUUAAGGUCUUCGUUAGAAAAUAGAAGACGGUUUGGCUUUUUAUUCAAAAACAAAUUGAUGGAUUUCUUUAAACAAAGUCCCCAGCGUGACACACUUUCUACGAAGCCUGGUGGAAAAAAAGACCCUCCGAAGAAGAAUAAGAAACGCGGUAAAUCGGCGGCAGUAACAAAAUCAACGGUAGCAAACAAAAAAUCGGAUGUAAAAGAUGAUGAAAAAAUGAAUAAAUUACCUUCGAUGAAAGGUGUGCCUUCAAAAGAAUUGUUACCAAUAGUUAAUGAUAGUGUUCUUCCUACGAGAAAUCUUAAUAUGGAUAAUAGUGCUGUACCUGCGACCACGGAACAUAUUACCUCUACUGUUUCGACUGUUUCGACCAAUGCUAAUGGUGAAAUAAAAUUGAAUUCUUUGGUGGUUACGGAUACUAUUUUAGGUUAUGGAAGCCAUGGAACUAUUGUAUACAAAGGAUCUUUUGAAGGUCGUGAUGUUGCUAUUAAAAGGCUUUUACUAGAUUUUUAUGAAAUUGCAUAUCAUGAAGUAUCAUUAUUACAAGAAAGUGAUGAUCAUCCAAAUGUUAUCCGUUAUUAUUGUAAAGAACAAAGUGAUCGAUUUUUAUAUAUUGCUCUUGAACUUUGUCCCGCUUCAUUACAUGAUUUGAUAGAACGAGGUUCAACGUUUCAACAUGCAUAUUUGUUAAAAUUGUUACAUCCUCCCUCCAAGAUUCUUUACCAAAUAGUUUCGGGUUUGCAUCAUCUGCAUUCAAUGAAAAUAGUACAUCGUGAUAUUAAACCACAAAACAUAUUAAUAGCUCCAUCUAAGAGUAAAAAGGUUACAAGAGAUGGUGUUACACAAUCAGCAACUGUGAGAGUAUUAAUAUCAGAUUUUGGUUUAUGUAAAAAGUUGGAUGGUGAAUCUAGUAGUUUUCAUAAUACAACAAACAAUGCAGGUGGAACUAUUGGUUGGAGAGCACCAGAGUUAUUAUCUCCACCGUCACCAGACGGAACAAAUAAUGAAGUUUGGACAUCUGUAGAUCGUCUAAAUGAUAAUUCUUUUACAUCAUCGUCAUCAAGCUCAGAUCAUGAUAAUGGUCAACCACGAAGAGUAACAAAGUCUAUAGAUAUAUUUUCAGCAGGCUGUUUAUUUUAUUAUGUACUUACUGGUGGUGACCAUCCAUUUGGUGAUAGAUAUUCAAGAGAGAUAAAUAUUUUGAAAGGAGUUUAUGAAUUAAACAAGUUAGAUGGAAUGGGUGAAGAAGGUAUUGAAGCUAAAGAUUUAAUUGAAAGGAUGAUCGAACGUGACCCUAAAAAAAGACCAAAAUCUGGAACAGUGAUGAUACAUCCAUAUUUCUGGUCACCAUCAAAAAGGCUUUCAUUUUUACAAGAUGCUUCAGAUAGAUUUGAGAUAGAAGAAAGAGAUCCACCAUCACCACUUUUACAGCGAUUAGAACAAGGAGUUGGAAAAGUUAUAGGUUCAGAUUGGCAUAAAAGAAUCGAUAAAGUAUUUAUAGAGAAUUUAGGAAAAUAUCGAAAAUAUGAUGGAUCCAAGAUUAGAGAUUUAUUGAGAGCUUUGAGAAAUAAGAAACAUCAUUAUCAAGAUCUACCAGAACAAGUAAAAAAAGCAUUAGGUCAAAUACCUGAUGGAUUUUUAUUUUACUUCACGUCAAGGUUUCCAAAUUUGAUGUUACAUGUAUAUUAUGUUAUUGCAGAAUUCGAAAAUUUGAGAAAUGAGA